UCCUCACGCCUGCUGUGGGGACUCAGACUAUUAGCAGAGAUCACAGCUGCAUUACCAGCGAGUAAAAGAGCCUCUGGAUUAUUUCACGCACAGACUCCUAUAAGGAAAACUUAAAUCCGAGUGAAUUGAGUACUUUUUACAGGUUUCAGGCACAAUGCAAUUGAUUCUGCAGACCGUCUUCUGCUGUUGCCUGCUGGCCACCGUUGCUUUGUGUGUACGCAGUGCAAAAUAUGACCUGAGACAAGUUUUGAAAAGAAGUGUCUGGCCGCAGAGAUCAAAAAGGGAUUUGAUUCCGGCUGCACUGAGAAGUUUAGAAAACAGCCAAUUUGUCAGACCAGACGACAUCAAGGACAGCUUGAUGCCACAUUCCAGGACUGACAUCAGCGUAAGGACGAAACGCUCCAAAAACUCCAUCAACCAGUCCAGAAGAGUAGGCUGCUCGCUUGCCACCUGCACGGUGCAUGUGCUGGCUCACCGUCUUCAUGAUCUUACCAACAUGCACAAAAUUGGAAACGCUCCCCCGGACAAGAUCAGUCCCCUGGGUUACGGCCGCAGGCGAAGGUCGGUUCCAGAAAAAGUGAUAAGCCUGAGGCAGGAGGGCAGAAGGCUGCGACCUGUGUGGAGCAGCCCGGAUUCUCGAUCACAGCUGCACAAACUGGAAGCGCUACUAAAACGGACUUGAACGUGAGGAGGUGGGAGCGCACCAGGGACGCGAUGACUCGCGUCGGCCAACUCCGAAAUACUCCACAUGCCUCAGGCUCCUGCCAAGAGUUCUCCAGCACAUUCUUUUCCAAGCACAGGGAUUGGGAGAACAGUCUUAUCUCUUGAAGCCUGUCCUCGAAGGAGAAAAAAGGAAGAGAGAUGCAGGUAGCUGAAUCGGUGUGCCUUGAGGAUACCUACGAUGGGCACAGUCGACUGUCCUCAGGGAAAAAAGCAAUACCUCCCGGGACUGCCCUCCUGGUGAACCAGUUAGUGGGAUUAUAUAUGUGACUGUCAGAAGAGACUUUGGACUUUAAGCCGAUUCAACAGGGAAACGUAUAGAAAGGAAUACACAGAGAAAGACUCUCAAGAAUGGCUAUGAAGCGGUCUCCUCAUUGCAAUUACAUUAGUGGACACUGUAAACCUUAGCUUAUAUGAAAUGUCUGUGCCAGUCCAUAUGGAUUGUAUUCUAACUUACUUGAACAUUGUUGUUGUUAUUAUUAUUAUUAUUAUUAUUAUUAUUAUAGAGAUAUGUGCAAUACAUUUUUUUAUUUCAAGUAUGUGUAUAUUUGAAGAAAGUGGUCAAAUAUCAUUAUUUAAUUGUUUUAUAUUACUUUAUACUACUUCCAGAGAACUAUUUUUGUACAGGAAAAUAUAAGGGCAUUGAAGCAUAAUGUAUAUUAUUAAUUUGUGUCAAGAAUGUCUCAAGCUGUGGUAAAUAAUAGGAUAACUUUUAAUGCUAUUAUAUAUUUGUAAUUGGGAUUUAUUUUAUUUGUGUGUGUGUGUGAAACAGAGUAACACUACAUUGUCAUUAAAUAAACCUUUGCAUACAA